GUGAACGAGCCAGCUUUAUUGCUGACCACGCAAAAUUCCCUUCAAAUCGAAAAAACUGCAAAAUGUGUACUGAAAUUAUCCGCUAAAUAUUUCGUCGAUAAAAAAGCGCUAAAAGGCAGCAUCGUAAUCAUCAACAUAAAUUCUUACGAGUCGACUACGGAAGGCCUCCUCCUGAGAACAAUACACAGUGGUAUAAAAUAUUCCAUAAUGGUUAAAGAUUCACGCUACCCGCACGCCAAUGCAUCGCAUUUCCCCGAAAAGGCUAAGAAUUAUAUGCUCAUAUUAGAAGAUAAAUCUGAACUCCCGAGGAAUAUAUUGCAACUGAAUAAAUUGCCUACUUGGAAUCCCCUAGCCAAGGCGAUAGUUUAUUACGAAAUAACCCCGGAAGGUGAUGCCGAGGAGACGGCCAUUCUUUUCAUAAACGAGCUCCGUAAACACAAGCUAUUUAAAAGUAUCAUAUUUAUAUACUCCCCUAGGGACGACGAAAUCGUGACAUUCUCUUGGACGCCGUACAGCGACACGAACUGUGCGGGCGAGUGCGACUCCGUCUACGUUUUAGACAAGUGUAAAGAUGACGUCAUAUACGAAGUAGAGCCGCAGAGAGAAAUCCUUCCGGCCGAUCUAAAGGGCUGUCCCCUAACGACAUACGCCGUAGUAUCGGAGCCCUACGUCAUGCCUCCGACGAGAAAAGCGGGCAACAAAAUGUUUAAUGAUUCGUACGAGUUCGAAACGGGUAGCGAAAUAAAUCUCGUGAAAAUCAUAAGUCAGUUUACAAACACGAGCCUCAUAAUGCGGAUGUCGGAGGAGGAGGAAAAUUGGGGAAAGAUAUACUCCAACGGCACCGCGACGGGCGCGUACGGAGUUUUGAAAAAUGAUUCCGUCGACCUCGUUAUAGGCAACAUCGAGGUUACGAAAACGAUUAGAAAAUGGUUUCACCCCACGAUAAGUUAUACUCAAGAUGAAAUGACGUGGUGUGUGCCGAAAGCGGGUAAAGCCUCGACGUGGAAUAAUUUGAUUAUAAUAUUUCAGUGGACCACCUGGCUAGCUACCUUCGGAAGUUUAAUAGUGAUGGGUCUCGUCUUUCACUACUUGUAUUACAGAGAGAACAGGGGAGUAACUAAGUGGCCGACUAAUUCAAUACUAAUGACGCUCAGUAUGCUGCUCGGCUGGGGUGCUCUUUUUACACCAAAAUCGUCGACAUUUCGUAUUCUUAUAUUCACGUGGCUCUGUUUCAGCAUUAACAUAAGCAUCUCCUACGAGUCAUUUCUGCGGAUUUUCCUCAUGCACCCGCGGUUCGAGAGACAGAUAAGUAGCGAGUCGGAUCUCAUUCAGUCUAGAAUUCCUCUGGGAGGCCGAGAGAUUUACCGAUCCUAUUUUGAGACUAAUAACGCCAGCGCGUUUUAUUUGUAUCGCAAAUAUAAGUCGACGACGUUCUCGGAGGGGAUAAGGCGCGCGGCUCUCGAUAGGAAUUUCGCCGUCGUUUCAUCCCGAAGGCAAGCGGAAUAUAUCGAUCAGAAAUUAGGUAAAGGUGCGGGUUUAACCUAUUGCUUCCCAGAGAGCCAUAACCUUUACAAAUACGGCGUUGUUUUGCUAGCCAGGAAAUGGUAUCCGAUGUUGGAAAGGUUCAAAUAUAUUAUUCGGGCAGUUUCCGAGAACGGUUUAAUAGAUAAAUGGAAUAAGGAGCUGUUUAUUCAUACCAAGAGUGCAGAUAGCACGCAGACUAUAGUGCCCCUGAGUGUACAACAUCUAUCGGGAGCUUUUAUUUUAAUAGGAAUACUCUACACUCUGGGUAUAGUAAUUUUUAUUAUCGAAGUAUUAACGUUAUUAAAACUAUGUUAUAGAACUUAUAAAGAUAAGCGCACCCGCGAGAUCACCGCGUACCUGCGCCGCCUACCACAGGGCAAUGCCGCCUACCACACGGCAAUGCCGCCUACCACAGGGCAAUGCCGCCUACCACAGGGCAAUGCCGCCUACCACAGGGCAAUGCCGCCUACCACAGGGCAAUGCCGCCUACCACAGGGCAAUGCCGCCUACCACAGGCUGAGAUCUCGGGUGGCACAGGCGAUUUUUGUAGAAUGUGUCGCGUUGAUCACCGGAACGGUAAUCACCGCGACGGGUAUCAACGCGACGGAGAUCACCGCGACGGGUAUCAACGCGACGGAGAUCACCGCGACGGGUAUCAACGCGACGGAGAUCACCGCGACGGGUAUCAACGCGACGGAGAUCACCGCGACGGGUAUCAACGCGACGGAGAUCACCGCGACGGGUAUCAACGCGACGGAGAUCACCGCGACGGGUAUCAACGCGACGGGUAUCAACGCGACGGAGAUCACCGCGACGGGUAUCAACGCGACGGAGAUCACCGCGACGGGUAUCAACGCGACGGAGAUCACCGCGACGGGUAUCAACGCGACGGAGAUCACCGCGACGGGUAUCAACGCGACGGAGAAUACCGCGACGGGUAUCAACGCGACGGAGAUCACCGCGACGGGUAUCAACGCGACGGAGAUCACCGCGACGUGUAUCAACGCGACGGAGAUCACCGCGACGGGUAUCAACGCGACGGAGAUUACCGCGACGGGUAUCAACGCGACGGAGAUCACCGCGACGGGUAUCAACGCGACGGAGAUCACCGCGACGGGUAUCAACGCGACGGGUAUCAACGCGACGGAGAUCACCGCGACGGGUAUCAACGCGACGGAGAUCACCGCGACGGGUAUCAACGCGACGGAGAUCACCGCGACGGGUAUCAACGCGACGGAGAUCACCGCGACGGGUAUCAACGCGACGGAGAUCACCGCGACGGGUAUCAACGCGACGGAGAUCACCGCGACGGGUAUCAACGCGACGGAGAUCACCGCGACGGGUAUCAACGCGACGGAGUUCACCGCGACGGGUAUCAACGCGACGGAGAUCACCAAGACGGGAAUCACUGCGUCGGGUACACUACUACGAGCUCACCUCUCCGGGCUCUGUGGCCGUUACUUGUCCUACAUAUCUACCUGCCGGCAAUCUAGCUGCCUACAACCUACCUGCCUACCUGAACCCUACCUGCCUGCCCUGCAUCCAGUCUACUUACAACAUACCUAUCUACCACUUACCUACCGGAGCUUUCAGGAAAGUAAAGUACACAUGGGCACAACAGGAUCACACUUUGUGAAAGACGAACUAUGA